AUGGCCGCCCCCGAACAGCCACACGUCGUGCGCGUCGCCGCCGUGCAAGCAGAAGGCUGCUACUUCGAUCUCCCGGCCGCCAUCCAGAAGACGUGCGCCCUGAUCACCGAAGCCGCCGCAAAGGGCUGCCACCUCAUCGCCUUCCCCGAAGUCUGGAUCCCUCAAUAUCCAGGCUGGAUCUGCCACGCCUCAAGGCAACGGCCCAUCGACUUCGAAAUGGUCUCCCUCUACAUGCAGCACUCCCUCCGCCGCGACUCCCCCGAGUUCCGCACCAUCCGCGACUGCGCCGCCGCAAACAACAUCGCCGUCGUGCUCGGCUACUCCGAGAACGACAACGACUCGCUGUACCUCUCGCAAUCGCACAUCGGCCGCGACGGCCAGGUCAGGAUGCACCGCCGCAAGAUCAAGCCCACGCACGUCGAGCGCACCCUCUACGGCGAGGGGUCCGGCUCCUCGCUGCGCAAUGUCGUGCAGGAGGACGGGGUCGGCAAGGUCGGCGCCCUGAGCUGCUGGGAACACUCGCAGCCCCUGCUGCGCUACCAUACAUACAGCCAGGGCGAGCAGAUCCACGUUGCCGCGUGGCCGCCCAUGAACUACCACUCUUCGUUUCCCGAGGGGAGUGCGCUUUGGUCGCAGUGUCGCGAGGGCGCGCACAACCUCUCCACAACCCACGCGAUUGAAGGCAACACCUUCAUCGUCCUGGCCUCGUCUUUCUACACGCAGACCGGCAUCGAGCGCAUGAGGCUCGGCGACGGCAAGCUGUACCAUGUCGGCGGGGGUGGGUGCGCGUGCAUUAUUGCCCCCGACGGGCGCAAGUUGACCCAGGACCUCGGCGAGGGGGAGGAGGGCCUCGUGAUUGCGGAUCUGGACUUUGAGGAGAUCAGGAAGGUCAAGGCGAUGCUGGAUGUGCAUGGGCAUUAUAGUCGGCCUGAUUUGCUUUGGUUGGGGGUUGAUGCGAGGGAGAAGGGGAAGGUUAGGGCUGAGAGCUGA